AUGGGAUCCUCGGGCGCAUUUCCAACCCUGGACUCCCUACACUUCCCCUCUGCCCAGACUUCAAUAUCACAGACGCUGGCUUCGCUACGACGCUCGGCCCUAUCUGUCUCCAACCGGCUGCAAUCGAUCGAAACAGAUGCCGAGUUUGUUCGCGAAGUAGCCGACCACUACGGCUUGCCCCUCGUUGCGAACGAGCGCUGUGGCAGUUGGUACAUUGAUCCAACGGUCAAAGUGGGCAGUGCGUAUUUCAAGAGCACCGACGGUCAUACCGGCCAAUGGGACUUUAGCUUUCGAAGACUGAACCUACAGCUACUGCCCUUGGCAAAUCAAUAUGGAGGAUGUGUAAUCGUUGAUUCAACUCGCCGUGGGAAAUUAAUGCCCGACGCGCUCUCCAAAACCGUUCCCAUAUGGUGCGCCGUUCUCAACCGGGCCUUGUUCCCAGAACAAGAAGAGUAUCACUGUGUAAAUCUUCCUCCCAACUACCUCGGAGAAUCAGAAGAAUCACAGAUUGCAAGCCGAAUUGACGGCUUCGUGCAUUCGCUACAGAGCCUCAAACUCGACCUUACUCAUCUACGACAACAGCUAGGUAAACCGAUGCAAGUAGCCUGGGCGAAUCGCUCCUACAUUCAUCCCCCCAAUCUGCUCCCCAAUCACAACUCUCAUUUACUCGUAUUAUGUUCGGCGUCCAGACGCGUUCAGGGCGCAGAAAUGUCCGAAGGUGGAUAUAUCCAAGGCGCCGGUGAUGACAGCGAGGCCUGGGCGCACGGACUUACGCCGCCUGUCUUCUGGGCCAAUCGAGAGAUUCUCAAACAGACGGCCGAAGAAGACUUGCCCGGUGUGAUUGCAGAUUUGGUGGCCGAGUACAAGCGUCAGAAUACAGUCCAUCAGGCAACGUUGAUUGCGCCGACACGCAAUCUGUACAUCAGUCAGACCGAUGUCCGUGUCGACGUCGGUACACAGUAUGAUCUGGUUAUUGACUGUCAUGGGGACCCGAGGACGACGGAAGGGAAUUCAGGACGUCUCAAUCUGGGUUGUGCGUCGGCGAAGCUGGGAAGUCGUGACCUACGGAAAUCAUUGAGCCGGGUUCGUGAGUUUAUUGCGGCGCAAUUGGGCAGUGAUUCCUCACGAACGCUCUUGGUCACUUGUGAGACUGGGAAAGAUCUCUCAGCCGGAGUUGUAUUGGCCAUUGUUUGCUUGUUCUACGCCGAGGAUGGCUCAUUCGACGUCUCGCAGAGCAAGCGCUCCAUGAGCAAGCAGUUCAUUCGACAGCGCCUGGCGUGGAUCGUGUCAUCCAAGCACGAUGUGAAUCCCUCACGAUCGACGCUUCAGUCGGUCAACGCUUUCCUGAUGGAACCUCCGGAUUACUGA